AUGAAUGAUGAUAUACUUGAUAAACAAUCUUAUGUAAGUAACGCAAGUUUACAUUAUCUUCUACAAGAAUUAAUACCCAUGACAAUAAGAGUAUCCCAUAAACUAUCAGAUCCAACUACUACUUCUAAACUAGCAAUUGAAUCACAAGACACCCAAGAUAAUGAUGGCCACCAUCCAAAUACACAACCAGACAAACCUUUAUCAACAAUUCCUAAUGAUUUCCCAGGAACAAUUUCCAUAUUAGCCCAUCCACUGUUACAACAAGAUGAAAUUACAAUUCGAAUCGAGAAUUAUGGUUAUCAAAUAGGACUUAAGAUUGCUAAUGUCUUACUCUACAAAAUGACAAAUUCUAAAUUAAUUGUUGAUGUUUUAGAUGUAAUGAAAUUUGUUUGUCGAGAUGUUUGGGUAUGUAUGUAUAAUAAACAAAUGGAUAAUUUACGAACAAAUCAUCGAGGUACAUUUGUUUUAGUUGAUAAUAAUUAUCGAUUAAUUAAUCAAUUGAAUAGUCCUAAAGGGAUGCAAGAUACUUUAAAUAAACUGAAGGUUUAUUUAUGGUUUCCUUGUGGAGUUAUUAGAGGAAUAUUAGCAAGUUUUGGUGUUGAUGCUAAUGUAUCAGCUGAAAUAACUCAAUUCCCUUCAGUGACAUUUAACAUUCAUACUACAAUUAAUAACUAA